UACUUCAGCCAAUCACACGACUCUCUCUGCUGCUCUCUGCUUCUUAAUUGGCCGACGGCGAAAGAACGAACAGCUGAUCCAUGUGUGGAGGCUGAUUCCUCAUCCACCCAGCCAGCCAGCAGAGAAGAGGCAGAGAGAGAGAGAGGACGAGUUUGCAGACAGAAGGAGAACGACAGAGAGGUUGACUGGUGCAGAAAAAGCUGCUGCUGUAUCUCAUCACCUGUAUCCUGCUGUGUAUCUCCACCUGGUAAAGAUGAACCAAAGCCCCGGUGAGAAGGAGACUGAGACCACAGAGCCGCUGCGCUACCUCAGUAAAACAGAGAUGGCUGCUAUUGAAACAGAGCUGCUCACAGAUUAUCGUUUUGGACAGCAGCAGCUAAUUGAGAUUUGGGGUCACGCCUGCGCCGUCGCCAUCACCAAGGCGUAUCCUCUGAGCUCUCUGACCAAGAAACAACCUACAGUCCUGGUUAUUUGUGGGCCAGAGCAAAACGGUGCCAUUGGAUUGGUGUGUGCUCGACACCUGCGCAUUUUUGAAUAUGAGCCGACAAUUUUCUAUCCCAAACGCUCUCCUGAUAACUUACACCAGGACUUUACAAUUCAGUGCGAGAAGAUGGAUAUUCCCUUCCUUUCUUAUCUUCCAACUGAGGUCCAGCUCAUAAACGAUGCCUAUAAUCUGGUGAUUGAUGCCAUCGUGGGGCCUGAAAUCGACCUUAAAGAUGUAAAAGAGCCUUAUUCUGGAAUUCUGGUCACCCUCAAACAGGUGAAGGUCCCCAUCGCCAGUGUGGAUGUGCCCUCAGGCUGGGAUGUAGAUGAAGAGAAUAAAGAUGGGAUUAAUCCAGAGGUCCUCAUCUCUCUGACAGUCCCCAAAAAGUGCGCCACAAGUUUCUCGGGGAAACACUUUCUAGCCGGACGAUUUCUUCCGUACGACAUGCAGAAAAAAUAUGAACUCAAUCUGCCCGAGUUUCCAGGCACUGACUGCUUUAUAGAACUGUAACACUGGAUUUACACAAUGUUUUGGAUAUGUACGAAUUAUAUAUAUAUAUAUAUAUUAAAAUACAUUCAUAUUUUGUACUUUAUAGGUUGUAAAAUGUCUAGAAGUUUGUGCACACAGACUGUGGUGGUGGCUGGAUAUGAUGUGGGCAUGUGCUUAAGUAAAAGUGUGUAGAUUCUUUCUUGUUUGUUUGCUUAAAAAUGAUAUUAGACUCUACUCUGUAUUUUUCCCAUAUUUAUGCAAUUUAACACGAUUAGGAAACAUUCCGACUGUUCUGAGAAUGACUCAAAGCUUUUUCCCUUCAUUAUGGAUAAUAAACCUGUCAUUUCUUUUUUCUAUUAGAGUUCGAUAGUUAGACAGUGAAAAUGCCGGGUGUGUACUGAUUUACUGAACAGUGAAAUUCGAGUGUGUUUCUGACUUUUUACCUCCUAUUUCUAUUCUAUAUAUGUUUCUUUAAAAUUAGAAAUGAGAAAUUUACGUUUUAAAUGGUAUAAAAAUCUUCCCCCUGAACACGAGACCUGUGUAAGGUGAGAAAGUAAAUAGAUGACUGUAUAGUUUAAUAGUUUGGAUCACAUUGUGUCUAACACCAGAUCCCGAAUUCAAAUAAAUUCUCUUUGAACCUGUUAA